GGAUUGGAACACCUGAAUCACAUGAUAUGGAGGGGAUUGGAACACCUGAAUCACAUGAUUUGGAGGGGAUUGGAACACCUGAAUCACAUGAUAUGGAGGGGAUUGGAACACCUGAAUCACUUGAUAUGGAGGGGAUUGGAACACCUGAAUCACUUGAUAUGGAGGGGAUUGGAACACCUGAAUCACAUGACUGGGAGGGGAUUGGAACACCUGAAUCACAUGAUUGGGAGGGGAUUGGAACACCUGAAUCACAUGAUAUGGAGGGGAUUGGAACACCUGAAUCACAUGAUUGGGAGGGGAUUGGAACACCCGAAUCACAUGAUUGGGAGG